AUGCUCGGCCUCACGACCCGUGCCGCUCGCACUCUGCGCCCGCAGGUCUCGAACGCUGCACGCGCCUUCUCCGCCGGAGCCGUGCAGCGCGACGAAAAACUGAACGACCUCCUCGCCAAAUUCUCGGACCCCAAGUCACCCUACUACCUCGCCAAGGGCGAGGUCGGUCCCGCGUCGCCGGAUGACACGACAACAGCGCGCCCACUUCCUGGUCAGGAGGGCGUGCAGUACGAAAGGCCUCGCGAUGUGAUGGAGAACACUGGAGGCAGUUCAGAGCUGACGGCUAGCGUACCGACGAGCAAGGACAAGAUCCCGCUGCCGCCGCACGUCAACCCGGACUACGACCGGGCACGCGCGACGGGUCAGGAGUGGUUCGACUCGAACGGAUUCGACGACGAAGGCCGUAUCGAGUGGCCAUGCGCUUGGGGCGAGAGCGACAUGUACCGACACAUUAACAACGUGACGUACGCGCGCUACAUCGAGUCGGCGCGUAUGCGCUGGGUCGAGACGCUCGAGAGCGACCUGGGCAAGGAGGCGAAGGACGACCUGGUCGCCGGCCGCGGUCUCGGCAUCAUUUUGAAGGAGCAGACGAUCCGCUUCAGGUAUCCCGUGACGUACCCCGACUCUGUGAGUGUCUUCCCUCCCUUCCUCAGCACCUCUUUCGGUCAUAUCGCUAUUUAUCUAGAGCGCGGCAGCUUCAAGCUCGCCUUUGCUGGUUGGUCCGUCAAGGCCAACCAGCUCGCUGUCACUGCCGACUCGACCUGCGUCAUGUACGACUACGAGAAGCUCAAGAAGGGCCACAUGCCGGACCAGUGGAAGGACAUGCUCAUGCGCCGCGGACAUCAGCUGUAG